GGGAAUUACUGAGCACCACCCACCCUGCCAACAAAGCCAGUUUAACCCUGUUCUGUCCCGAAGAAGGGGACUGGAAGAACUCCAACCUCGACAGACACAAUCUCCAAGAUUUCAUCAAUAUUAAACUCAACUCGGCCUCUAUAUUGCCAGAAAUGGAAGGCCUCUCCGAGUUCACGGAGUAUCUCUCCGAAUCGGUGGAGGUCCCCUCGCCCUUUGACAUCCUGGAACCUCCCACGUCUGGCGGCUUUCUAAAGCUGUCCAAGCCCUGCUGUUACAUCUUCCCCGGAGGACGAGGCGACUCUGCGCUGUUCGCAGUGAAUGGAUUCAACAUGCUCAUCAACGGAGGCUCAGAGAGGAAGUCUUGCUUCUGGAAGCUCAUCCGCCACUUGGACCGGGUGGACUCCAUCCUGCUCACCCACAUCGGGGACGACAACCUGCCGGGCAUCAACAGCAUGCUGCAGCGGAAGAUCGCCGAGCUGGAGGAGGAGCAGUCCCAGGGCUCCACCACCAACAGUGACUGGAUGAAAAACCUCAUCUCCCCUGACUUAGGGGUGGUCUUUCUUAACGUACCGGAAAACCUGAAGAACCCAGAGCCCAACAUCAAGAUGAAGAGAAGCCUGGAAGAAGCCUGUUUCACGCUUCAGUACCUGAACAGACUGUCCAUGAAACCGGAACCUCUAUUUAGAAGUGUAGGCAAUGCCAUCGAGCCCGUCAUUCUUUUCCAAAAGAUGGGAGUUGGUAAGCUAGAGAUGUAUGUGCUCAACCCGGUGAAGAGCAGCAAAGAAAUGCAGUAUUUUAUGCAGCAGUGGACUGGCACUCACAAAGACAAGGCUGAACUCCUUCUGCCUAAUGGUCAAGAAGUCGAUAUUCCCAUUUCCUAUGUGACGUCCGUCUCCUCACUGAUCGUGUGGCACCCAGCAAACCCAGCCGAGAAGAUCAUCCGAGUCCUCUUUCCCGGAAACAGCGCCCAGUAUAAUAUCCUGGAAGGGCUGGAGAAACUCAAGCAUUUAGACUUCCUGAAACAGCCGCUGGCCACCCAGAAAGAUCUUUCUGGCCAGGCAGCCAGCCCCGCGGUGAAGCAAGUGAAACUAAAGCAGAGGGCCGAUAGCCGAGAGAGUCUGAAGCCAGCCCCUAAACCGCUCCCGAGCGGCAAAUCGGUGCGGAAAGAGUCGAAAGAAGAAGCCCCCGAGGUCCCCAAAGCUAACCAGGUGGAAAAGCCCCCCAAGGUGGAAAGCAAAGACAAGGUCACAGUGAAAAAGGACAAGCCGACCAAAACAGAGACCAAACCGGCCGCGAGUGAGAAGCAGGCGCCCAGCAAGGAAGACCAGCCCUCGGUGAAGGCCGAGGUGGCGGACAAGCAAGCCGCGGAAGUCAAACCCAAGGUCACCAAGGAGAAGACCGUGAAAAAGGAGACAAAGCUAAAAUCUGAAGAAAAGAAAGAGGAGAAGGAAAAGCCAAAGAAGGAAGUGGUGAAAAAGGAAGAGAAGACGCCCGUCAAGAAGGAAGAUAAAGCCAAAAAGGAGGAGGUGAAGAAGGAAGUCAGAAAAGAAGUUAAGAAAGAGGAGAAGAAAGAAUCCAAGAAGGAGGUGAAGAAAGAGACACCGCUGAAGGAUGCCAAGAAGGAGGCGAAGAAGGACGAGAAGAAGGAAGCUAAAAAGGAAGAGAAGGAACCCAAAAAAGAAAUCAAGAAGAUCUCCAAAGACGCCAAGAAAUCAUCCACGCCGCUCUCUGACGCCAAGAAACCCACGGCGUUAAAACCAAAAGUACCCAAGAAGGAAGAGCCGGUCAAGAAAGAUGCCGCCGCCGCGGCGGCCAAGUCCAAGGAGAAGGGCAAGGUGAAAGUCACCAAGAAGGGGACUGCAGAGGCUGCGGCCGCCGCCAUCGGCACCGUGGCAGCUGCCGCCACUGGGGCCGUGGCCGCUGGCAUCGCAGCCGCCGGCCCCGCCAAAGACCUGGAGGCCGAGAGGUCGCUCAUGUCCUCCCCGGAGGACUUAACCAAGGACUUUGAAGAGCUAAAGGCCGAAGAGGUCGAUGUGGCCAAGGACAGGCAGCCCCCGUUGGCGCUCGCAGAAGAUGAAGACAAGCGGAGGGAGCCCGCGCCCGGGGACGCCUAUGUCAUCCAGUGCGAGACCGAGGUGCCCCCGGGCCCCGCCGAGUCGCCCGACGAGGGCAUCACCACGACCGAGGGCGAGGGCGAGUGCGAGCAGACGCCCGAGGAGCUGGAGCCCGUCGAGAAGCAGGGCGGCGAGGACAUGGAGAAGUUUGAGGACGAAGGAGCCGCCUUCGAAGAAUCCUCCGAGGCCGGAGACUACGAAGAAAAGGCGGAAACCGAGGAGCCCGAAGAGGAUGGCGACAGCGCGAGCAGCGCCAAGCGCAGCCCGGUGCAGCAGGAGGAGGACGAGCGCGCGCCGGCCGAGGCGCACGGGCCCCUCCGGGAGAAGAGGGCGUCGGUGGCCAGUGGGGACGACCGGGCCGAGGAAGACAUGGAUGAGGCCCUGGAGAAGGGGGAGGCGGCGCCAUCCGAGGAGGAAGGCGACGAGGACAAGGCGGAGGAUGCCAGGGAGGCAGAGUACGAGGCGGGUAGAGCAGAAGCGGAAGAUUACGUGAUGGCGGUGGUGGACAAGGCUGCGGAGGCCGGGGGCGCCGAGGAUCAGUACGGGUUUCUGGGCGCCUCGGGCAAGCCGCCGGGAGCCCAGUCCCCCGCCCGGGAAGCUGCCGCCACAAUUCACGACGAGACAUUACCCGGCGGCUCGGAGAGUGAGGCCACCGUGUCGGACGAGGACAACCGCGAAGACCAGCCUGAGGAAUUCACAGCCACCUCUGGCUACACCCAGUCGACCAUUGAGAUCUCCAGCGAGCCCACCCCCAUGGACGAGAUGUCCACGCCCCGCGACGUGAUGAGUGACGAGACCAACAACGAGGACACGGAGUCCCCGUCCCAGGAGUUCGUCAACGUCACCAAGUACGAGUCCUCCCUCUAUGCUCAGGAGUACUCCAAGCCCGGGGUCUCACUCAAUGGACUGUCUGAAGGGUCCAAAACGGACGCCACCGAUGGCAAGGACUACAACGCCUCGGCCUCCACCAUCUCCCCGCCGUCGUCCAUGGAGGAGGACAAGUUCAGCAAAUCCGCUCUGCGUGACGCUUACUGUGCCGAAGAGAGAGGAGCGAAAGGCAGCGCUGCGCUGGAGCUCCCAGACGCGCCCGCAGUUCCAGACGACUCGCGUAGUCCGUCCAAGAGCCCGCUGUCUCUGAGUCCAUCCCCACCGUCACCCAUCGAAAAGACCCCCCUGGGUGAACGUAGUGUGAACUUCUCCCUGACCCCCAAUCAGAUCAGUGUCUCUGCAGCGGCCACCAUCCCGGCGUCUCCUGAGGUGACCCAAGAAGUCGUGGAAGCACACUGUGCUAGCCCCGAGGAUCAGACGCUGGAAGUGGUGUCUCCAUCGCAGUCAGUGACCGGCAGUGCUGGCCACACCCCUUACUACCAGUCUCCCACUGAUGAGAAGGCUAGUCACCUCCCCACAGAAGUCGGCGGGAAGCCAGCAGCCGCUCCGGAGAGUUUUGAAUUCGACGACACCAAAGAUGAGAGGCUUUCCAUAAGCCCCAUGGAUGAGCCGGUGCCUGACUCAGCGUCUCCUAUAGAAAAAGUCUUGUCUCCUUUACGAAGUCCUCCACGGAUUGGGUCAGAGUCUGCCUAUGAAAGCUUUCUAAGUGUGGAUGAGAAGACUCCUAGCAGAUGUAGAAGUCCCUUUGAAGGAACAGAUGGAGAGCAAAGUAUUCUAGACCAAAUCAGUCCAGUUGCCGAAAUCACUUCCACCGGUCUCUUCCAAGAGAGGCCGGAGAAGGCGAGCGCAGACUUCGUGCCAAUAAAGGAAGACUCGGAGAAAGGACAGACAACCGAGGACGUGGAAGCCCUGGGUUCUCCACCAGGACUGGCUUCGGAGGAAAGAAAGUUAGGAGGAGAGGUUUCUCCGACACAAAUUGACGUCAGCCAGUUUGGCUUUUUGAAGGAGGACACCAAGAUGUCCAUUUCCGAGGGCACUGUCUCAGACAAGUCAGCUACGCCUGUGGAUGAGGGUGUCGCCGAAGACACCUACUCUCACCUGGAGGGGGUGGCUUCAGUCUCCACCGCCUCUGUGGCUACAAACUCCUUUCCAGAGCCAACGACAGAUGAUGUGUCCCCGUCUCUGCAUGCUGAGGUGGGGUCCCCGCAUUCCACAGAAGUGGACGACUCCCUUUCCGUGUCCGUUGUUCAAACACCGACGACUUUCCAGGAAACAGAAGUGUCUCCAUCUAAAGAGGAAUGCCCAAGGCCAAUGUCAAUCUCUCCGCCAGACUUCUCCCCUAAGACCGCCAAGUCCGGGACACCGGUUCAAGACCACAGAUCCGAACAAUCUUCAAUGUCUAUUGAAUUUGGCCAAGAAUCCCCCGAGCACUCUCUUGCUAUGGACUUUAGCCGACAGUCUCCAGACCACCCUGCUGUGGGGGCGGGUAUGCUUCACAUCACUGAGAACGGGCCGACUGAAGUGGACUACAGUCCCGACUUGCAGGACUCCAGUUUAUCGCAUAAGAUACCACCAGUGGAGGAGCCAUCCUAUACCCAAGAUAAUGAUCUUUCUGAGCUCAUCUCGGUAUCUCAGGUCGAGGCCUCCCCAUCCACCUCUUCCGCACACACCCCUUCUCAGAUCGCGUCUCCUCUCCAGGAAGAUACUCUGUCUGAUGUGGUUCCUCCCAGAGAGAUAUCCUUAUAUGCCUCACUCACCUCAGAGAAGGUGCAACUUCCGGAGGGAGAGAAGCUUUCGCCAAAAUCUGAUAUCUCCCCACUGACCCCAAGAGAGGCCUCUCCUUUAUACUCCCCUAGCUUUUCAGAUGCUACCUCUGCAGCCAGAGAGAAUGCAGCAGCUUGCCAUACGUCCUCUUCUCUGCCAGUGGAUGCAGCAUCCGCAGCGUCGUACAGCUUCCGUGCCUCAAUGUUAUUUGAUACCAUGCAACACCAUCUCGCCUUGAAUAGAGAUCUGACUGCGUCUGGCUUGGAGAAGGACGAUGGAGGGAAGACCCCUGGUGAUUUUAGCUAUGCCUAUCAAAAGUCAGAGGAGACAAGCAAGUCCCCAGGCGAAGAAGGUUAUACCUAUGAGUCUUAUGACAAAACCAACCGGACCCAAGAGGCCGGUGGCUAUUACUAUGAGAAGACCGAGAGGACCACGAAAUCCCCAAGUGACAUUGGCUACUCCUAUGAGACCAUUGAGAAAACCACCAAGACCCCCGAAGAUGGUGGCUAUGCCUUUGAGAUUACAGAAAAGACCACCCGGACCCCCGAGGAGGGUGGCUACUCCUACGAGAUAAGCGAGAAGACCACAAGGACCCCGGACGUGAGUGGUUACAGCUAUGAAAAGACCGAGAGGUCUAGAAGGCUCCUAGAUGACAUCAGCAAUGGCUAUGACGACACGGAAGAUGGUGGCCACACACUGGAGGAUACCAGCUACUCCUAUGAGACCACUGAGAAAAUUACCAGUUUUCCCGAGUCUGAAUGUUACGCUUAUGAGACGACUACCAAAACCACACGAAUCCCUGAUUCGUCCACAUACUGCUAUGAGACCACCGAGAAGAUCACCAGGACCCCCCAGUCAUCUACCUAUUCCUACGAGACGUCAGACCGAUGCUACGCUGCAGAAAAGAAGUCGCCCUCAGAGGCCCGCCAGGAUGUGGAUUUAUGCCUGGUGACCUCUUGUGAAUACAAGCAUCCCAAGACGGAGCUCUCCCCCUCCUUCAUUAAUCCUAACCCCUUAGAGUGGUUUGCCAGCGAUGAGCCAACUGAUGAGUCUGAGAAGCCCCUCACUCAAUCUGGGGGAGCCCCGCCACCUCCAGGAGGCAAGCAACAGGGGCGGCAAUGUGAUGAAACACCUCCCACCUCCGUCAGCGAGUCUGCCCCAUCCCAGACAGACUCCGAUGUCCCCCCGGAGACCGAAGAGUGCCCCUCCAUCACAGCGGAUGCCAACAUCGACUCUGAAGAUGAAUCUGAAACCAUCCCCACGGACAAGACCGUGACAUACAGACACAUGGACCCGCCCCCGGCCCCGAUGCAAGACCGCAGCCCAUCUCCUCGCCACCCCGAUGUGUCCAUGGUGGACCCAGAGGCCUUGGCCAUUGAGCAGAACCUGGGCAAAGCGCUCAAGAAAGACCUGAAAGAGAAGACCAAAACCAAAAAGCCAGGCACGAAGACCAAGUCAUCUUCGCCGGUCAAGAAGGCCGAUGGGAAGUCGAAGACACCUGCGGCUUCCCCCAAACCAGUGGGGUUGAAAGAGUCCUCAGAUAAGGUGUCCAGAGUGGCUUCUCCGAAGAAGAAAGAAUCUGUGGAAAAGGCAUCGAAAACCACCACCGCCCCGGAGGUCAAAGCUGCUCGUGGGGAGGAGAAAGACAAGGAGACCAAGAACGCCACCAAUGUCUCCACAUCCAAGUCGGUCAAGACAGCGGCUGCAGGCCCGGGAACCGCCAAGGCGGCCAAGUCCUCAGCUGUGCCGCCAGGACCCCCAGUGUAUUUGGACCUGUGCUAUAUCCCUAACCACAGCAAUAGUAAGAAUGUUGAUGUUGAGUUUUUCAAGAGAGUGAGGUCAUCCUACUACGUGGUGAGUGGAAAUGAUGCCGCCGCUGAGGAGCCCAGCCGGGCUGUCCUGGACGCCUUGUUGGAAGGGAAGGCUCAGUGGGGCAACAACAUGCAGGUGACCCUGAUUCCAACGCAUGACUCAGGAGUGAUGAGAGAAUGGUACCAGGAGACCCACGAGAAACAGCAAGACCUCAACAUCAUGGUUUUAGCGAGCAGCAGCACAGUGGUCAUGCAAGACGAAUCCUUCCCGGCGUGCAAGAUCGAACUGUAGACCCAGCGCCAGCCACACCACAGGAUCGGAACUCUGUGUCCAGAAUUCUUCAAUUUGAAACCACCUUUUCUAAGAAAAAAACCCACAAAAAACCAAUUCGUCUAAUGAAGUCGCUGAACUGAUUACCUGCCAAACGCUAUACUGUGUCAUGGUGAUGCAAGUCACUAAUAUUUCUCGGUUUCUGCUGAUUGCUAAGGGAAGUAACAGUGCUCCCACCAUAGGGUUCAAAUUACUGCAAAAUUACCUACCCCCGUUCAUCUCUGCUGAACGUUUAGAAACCAUGCACUAGCAAACCCAACGGACUUCUGCGAGGUCGAGGCAUUUGUCUUAGAAAGAGAGCGAGCAAGAGAGAGAGAGAGAGAGAGAACAAGGGAGAGUGUGUGCACACAGAGAGACCAUGGGAGAGAGAAAGCGAGUGAGAAAGCUAAAGAAGGCAAGAGAAGGGGGUGUAACGGAAAGAUUGCUGGUGAGAUCUCCAGAGAGAAACAGCAUGGGGCGGGGGAAGGAUGAGACAAUAACGAAGCGUGAGGUCUGCAUUUUCUCAGGCAAUAGAAUUCUGUAGGCUACCUAGGGAAAGCUUUCCCCUGUGACGUCUGUGUCGACCGGAAGGUCUUACUUUUCUAAGACAAAUUGGCUGGCUAGGAAGGCAUGUGAGAUUUCCACGCCUUAAUUCCGCUCCUUCAGUUUCAGGGCUACACACCGACAAUGUAGCGCGUGUAGACCGGACGGGAAAGUGGUUUGAACCCCAUUCGGAACUCUCAGACUUUGUAAACAAAGGAGUAGGUUGAUCUAAGGCAUGCUCCCAGCAUAUGUCCACGCACUUAGGCCACUCUGAGUCAAUUAACCUGCAUGCGUCAACACCCAAGUCCACCCUGAUUCACUGAAGCAAAUACCAAAGCAGUUGGGAGUACACACAGUAGACAAUUUGCCUUAGAAAGUGACUUGAAUGUACAAAGAUACUUGAUGCACUUAUUUUUUAAUGUGAGACAGCAAGUUUAUAAAACAUCCGUGUAGGAUUAUAGAUGCUCGAGUUAAGGAGCACGUGUGCGAGCGGAGGGUCCUAGGAGCUGGUCUGAUGGGUGCAGCGGUUUGUGCCGAGUCAUGCGUGUUGACCACCACCUCAGGGCACCAGUGGCCUCUCAGCCAAGCCAGUUGAGCCUUUCCCAGCUUCUUUACUACUGCAAGUUCAAGAUAGAAAUGGCUUCUGGGAUCAGAACUGGGAAAACGGUGGAUGUGACCGAGGAAGAGAUUUUCAGCAAGUGUACAGUAUUUAUCUUCCUUUGUCUUACAUUGGCUUUUAAAAAAAUUAUUUUCCAUUAAUUUCAGUGUAAGAAUGGGAACAAAUGUACAGAUUUUUUUUUAAGAUAUGAGAACUUUUCAUAGGUGAACUUCUUAACAAAUUUUCAUUUACAGGGAAAUGCAAAGAAAAAUCUUCAAAUGAGUCUUUUUUUUUUUUUUUAAGUGUUUCGUAAGACAAAAAGAAUCAUGUUUCCUGCAGUUCUGGUGAGAUUGAAGUCUGAUUUUGCAGCAAGAAUAUUGAUUAAAAACCCAUAAGGACCAGGAAUAAUGAUACCUCCCAGCCCUGGAUUCAUUCUAUAGAAAUCCGAGGAUGUGCUGUCGGAGAGGGGGGCGGCCUGGAAAGGCUCCUUCUCCAGGCCUUUGCAAGGCCAUCCAUCAUCUUACAUCCUCCUCUCGAGAUGUUUGGCCAUGAGGCCAAAGAACCGAGCCUGAGUGCAGAAGAACCCUAGCACAACUCUGCUGUGAGGUUGUUCUCUUCUGGACAAAGCAAAGAAAGAAAGAAUUCAUCAAAAGCAAAUGAAUUCCCCAACUCCUCCAGCUCCACCUGUUGUAUCCAGAGAUCAUGUCCAUCACUGUCAUCAUCCAACUGUGAAACCUGGGAAGCCAGAUCCUGGUUUGCGACUGCUGUCAAGUGGCAGAUCCUUGUCCCCAGGGUUCAGAGGGAGCCCUUCUCCCCAACACCUUCUUCUGUACUUUGUUCUGUCCUGUUGCACCUCCUGCAGACGCUCAGAUCUACGAAGUAGUGGACGAUGACCUCAUUUUAUUGUUUGUUAGUUAUUUAUUUCAAGAUUAACAUUGUGGGUUUAUUUCGGAUUGCUAAGUGUACGUUUUUGCACUGCUAACUACUAUGAGGGUUUAAACAUGCUUCGUCAGGGUCCCUUCCCAGGGGAUGAUACCGUCUACUUAAUGCUGUGAAUUACAUUUUCCAAAUGUUUUUUUUUUUUUUAAUUAAGAUACUAUUUUUGUUAGGCUUCUCUCUAGAAGCACUUUUAUUUAUUACCCUGUCUCUUUCAAGUCUUUAAAAAAUAUAACGGAUUGGCCAAAGGUACAAAAAAGAACUUACAAUGGGAAAAACCAUUAUGCUGAAAAUGAUUUCACUGAGUCGAAACUCAUCUACUUCAGACUGAUUCCACGCAUCCUAAGACACUCAAAGAUGAUCUGCCUUCUUGCCAAAUCCAGACCGCUGGUUGAUUUUUUGUGGCUAGACGAUACAAUUAUUUACCACUUGCCCUAACUCAGUUUGUUCAACAUGGACAAUUGUUUUCUGCAGUAAGAAGUACAACUGUUUUAGAAGAACUAUAACCAAUCUCCAACCCUAAUCACUCUACCCUACUCCUUUCUCUCUCUCUCUUUUUGUUUUUGCUAAGGGAUUUCAUGAAAAAAAAAAAAAAAAAGACAAAAAUCGCCGCUGGUCAGCUGACUCUUUUUCCUACAAAAUAUUUCAGCACCUUUUCCCACCCGUUGUUCCCAGUGAUGACCACCAGGAAAAACAAUAUUUUCAUGACAGGUUGCUCCUGUCUUUCCAGACACACCUUUCCUACCCGUGUGACUAACCUAAUCUUGCUAGUUCCAUAAAUACACAAUUCGUUUUCUAACCGCCAUCACAAUCUACCAUGGACACUCUUGGUGAGAGAUAGGGACUGACGCAGACUUCUCGGAGCCUGGCUUGCUCCUGUUUACGACUCCAAUUGUGUAGACGAAAUGUGGAGUGGAAAGAAUUUACACUCUGCUGAAAUGAUGGGAUUCCAUCAAGAUAGCACUCAUGAUCAUGAACUUUUUGGUAGUAUUCUUAAAAUUCUACGGAGACUAAAUGUUAGAGAUGAUCCUUCAUUUUCAAUUUCAACCACUUCUACCCCCUUCUCCAACCCCAUCCCCUGUGCAUGCUUUCCCAGUCUGGUGGUGAGACUGGAUACAAUGACUGACUCUCCCCACCCCUUUCAACGCCAUUUCCCAUGGAGUUAAAAAAAAUUUUUUUAAACCUUACAUAUCAUAGUGAAUGGUUUCCCCAGUGUAUAUGAAUGUUUUAAGUGUCUCCAGUAGCUUACGCAAUUUUAGGAGCUUUCCGAUCCUCCUGUCUUAAGAUUUAAUCAUCCGAUUCUGGAAUUGUACCCUCUUCCAUUUUCCCUCUAUUCCCAAACGUCAGCUCUCUCGAGCUGCCCUACAAUCCCCAAGUUGCUUUAAUUGCCUCUCUUUAGUCAUCUGUCAAAAGAGGUUCUUGCUCAGUAAUGAUAUUGUGAGUUAGGAUAAUAACUUUUUUCUUUUUCCUUUUGCGCUUCUGAUUUAGAAGAAAAAGAUCCUGUUUCCAUAUGCAAGGAACUGUAGGCAUUUUACCUUUAGCCAACUGAACAACACACCAGAAGCAGCCGGGGAUGGGCCUUUCUUCAGAGCAACUAGGUUAUAGACCUGGUAGUAAAAGUAUUUGCGGUUUAAAAAAAUAAAAUCCUGUGACUUUACUAAGUUCAUUUAAAAGGCAGCAUCAAAAGCUGAAAAGAAGGGAAAAUAAAUAAGUAGCUUCUCUGCCCUCAUUUGGAGCUCCCCAAAACAGGAGCCACUAAGAAGAGGCAUCCAGGCCUGGAUGCCCUGUGGGCACAGCGCUGAGACAGGCAGCUGAGUUGCGCUUGGCGCUGCGCUGCAUGUAGCCUCCUCCCUCCUGGGGAGGAGCGGUCCUGAGCCUGACCGAGAAGCCUCUCACACUCCUCUCUUGUUCUGAAUGGUGUUUGUGUCAGUCUGCAGCUGUGUAUGGUAUUAUAUCUUAUAAUCCUGCAUCACUUCUACCCAGUCAUAUCUAAUGUAGAAAAUUAGUUUCCAGUGAAAGUAAUAUGUAGUGCUUUUAUGAUAUUUGUGUGCAAUAUCCCCUCUUCCGUUGAGGAUAUUUGAUGUAAAAGGAAAAAAGAAAAAAAAGCUCAGUUCCACAAUAAAAUACAAAAGUGGCAAAAGUU